AGGGCUAUUUGUGAAUGAAAUAGAAAUGGCGGGCGUGGUUUCGUUGGAGGCGCAAAUCAAGCAGCGUUUGCAAGCGUCUCGUCAGGCCCUUGCCGCCAAGAAAACCGAAGUGUUGUCGGAACUAGACGAACUCAGAAAAGCCUCUGCUCAGGCGCCAGUCAUCAUGGGUUCCGGAGCCCGAAGUGACGCGGGUUUGGACCCAGCGGGUCGUGAGUCCGUGAUGGGCAUUGAAGCCUUUCUCGGGUCCCAUCCGGGUUUCACGGGUUGGGUCAAACGGAGGAACUGUGAUUUCGUCGUGAAGGAAGUGACCCCGGGUGGGGAAGUGGCGGCAUUGACGGACUUGAGUCUUCCGGUGUUCAAGGGUGCGGAGACGGAUUGGGAGAACCUGGAAGAGUUGGAGUUGUUGUUUGGGCCAGGGAAAUGGGCUGAGCUGAAGCAGAACUUUGCUUCCGAUGGACCCAAAGAACCGAUGCUGUUUGAUGUGCAUGAAAAGUCCAAGGAGGAGAGGAUGUUGAUGCAUAAAGCUGUCCGAGCUCUUGGUGCAGAAAUGAAGCUCAACUCAAGCACAAUCGAUGGAGAAGAUGGCAGGAAGAAGCUCUCUGUCACCAAAUACAAAAAGGGAGAUGUCCAAAACAGACAAUGGCCACCGGAUUUGCCCAAGUUUCUGCAUGCUGUGAUGUAUACUGAAGGCAUGGACACUCAAUCAGCCUGUUCCCUGAUUGCCAAACAGUUGAGGUUGCCCCAGAACAUCAUCAGCUUUGCGGGAUCCAAAGACAAGGCAGCCAUUGUGACCCAGAGAAUUUCUCUGAGUCACGUGAAAGCUGAGAAGCUGGCGCAAAUCAAUGUGGACAAUUUAAAAAGGAACGAGGGUCAGCUCAACUCGAGGCUCGUUGUGGGCAACUUUUCGUACGCCAAAGAGCCAAUCAGACUGGGAGACUCUAUUGGGAACCAGUUCACCAUUGUCAUCAGGGAUUUCAAAGGAGAUCCCGAACCCGGACUAAAGUCGAUGUCAGACAAGGGUUUCAUCAACUAUUUUGGACUGCAGAGAUUCGGAACCACAUCGAUCCCGACCCAGGCCAUUGGGAAAGCCCUCUUUGCCUGCGACUGGGCCCAAGCAGUGGAUCUCUUGCUCAAGCCCAGAGACGGCAAAGAAGAGCGAGAGAUGCAGGAAAUGCGGAAGCAGUGGGAAGCGACCAAAAACCCCGGAAAGACUCUGAUGUGCUUGCCGAAAAAAGGACGAUACCCUUCCUCCCUGGAGUGGAAAGUCUUGGAUGCGCUCCGGAAGGCUCCAGGGAAUUUCCACGCUGCUUUGGGCAACUUGCCGAGAAGCAUGCGACAGAUGUACUGCCAUGCGUACCAGAGCUAUAUCUGGAACAAGACGGUGUCGAAGCGAAUUGCCGAUCACGGAACCAAGGUUCUCGCUGGAGACCUGGUGUUCAUCAAGCCCGAUUUCAAGCCACCUGCUGAAGAAGACUCUUCAUCGACCGACUCUCCGAAAGAAGAACCGAAAUCCGUGACUGACAAUGCAGAGCAUAGAAACUCCAUGAGAAGCUCCAGACUCGCUGCAGUGGCUCAAGCAAAGGCUGAUUCGAAGAAGCGAAAGAAAGAAGACUCGCAAGAUGCGAGUGAAACGUGUUCGAAGAAACCCCGAUCCGAGGACUCUGAAGAACACCAACCCUCGGAAAACGAGAAGGAAAACAAAGUCAGUUCCGUCGAUCAAGACGCAAGUAACGCCCAAGUCGCAUCUGCCAAGUCGCGCAAAUCCUGGGUGCGACAUCUAUCUGAAGAAGAGGCGGCGUCGGGCAACUUCAGCAUUUCAUCGGUGCUUGUGCCGAUUCCUGGCUAUGAUGUGGCGUAUCCCGACAACGCCACCUUGGAAUACAUGGAGACGUUUUUGAAGGCUGACAAGUUCAGUGUUGCCAAGUUCCAAGACCCAAAGAAGGACAAAUUUAUUGACUCACCAGGUAACAAUAUUGUAACCGUGACAAUAUUGCACGAAUGAGCCAAG